AUGCCUGAGCCAGAGGCCCCACAAUAUGGCAAGCCUACGUUUACACAACCACUUCAAAGCAUUGCCGAUAUCCCAGAAGGUGGUGUGGCUCUACUGGAGGCCCGGGUUACCCCAGUCAACGAUCCCAACCUCAAGAUUCUGUGGUUCUUCAACGAUUCACCCUUGCAAGACUCGAAUUGGAUUGCAACAAACAACGAUUUUGGAAAUGUUUCCCUACGAAUUGCCCCAUGCCAUGCUCGUCAUACUGGAGUUUACUCUUGUAAGGCUGUUAACGACCAAGGAGCCGCAGUCACUAGUGCAUCAAUCAGCGUACAAGGCACAGAGGGGUUGCUGCUCGACACCGCUCAUCCAGAAUCGCUCCAGAAGAUUAGAGAAAUGGAAUCUAUGGAUAAGUUCGCUCGCUUGGAAGCACCAGAAAGAGAAUAUGGUAAACCACAAUGGAUUCAACCGUUUGAGAAUGUCGAAAACGUUCCCGAAGGACAAGUUGUCGAGCUUCACGGUCUCGUUGAACCAUCUGGUGAUCCUAACCUUCGUGUUGAUUGGUUGCUUAACGGAAAACCACUUAUGAACGCUAAUCGAUUCCGACAGGAACUUGACUUUGGAAAUGCUAUUUUGACUAUCGUACACACACUUCCGCAUGAUUCCGGCGUCUACACUUGCCGAGCUUAUAACCUGGCUGGAGAAGCUAGCACUAGCGCUACGGUUAAGAUUGAC